AUGGCGGGGUUGGAUACAGGGUUGGACUUGGUGAUCUCGGAGGUCUUUUCCAACCUGGUCGAUGAUUCUGUGAGAGGCCGUCACUGUGAACGGACAGGGCAGGACCUUGCUGGCAUUGCCUUCCUGAGCCCGAGUGUCCCACAGGGCCCAGCCGUGUCCUCUCAUCAUGGCACGAGGCUCCCGGGGCAUCUCGCCCUGGCAGUGGUUCUGCUCCUGCUCCUGGCUUUGGUGGUGGCCGUGGCUGUGCUGGCAGUAAGAAGACUUGGAGAGAUUCCAGUCACGCCCGGGGCUCCAGAGUUUCUGGCCUGUCCCGAGGCCUGGGUCGAGUACAACAGCAUCUGUUACUACCUCUCGAGGGAUGAGGGGACCUGGGAGCAGGCUCGGGAUCGGUGCUCCGAGCUCGGGGCCUCCCUGGUCGUGCUCAGUGACAAGGAAAUGGGCUUCCUCUUCCGCCUCAGUGGCAACCUGGAUUACUGGCUCGGGCUGCAGAGAUGGGGGAGCAGCUACAACUCCUCGGUCCCCAUCCUGGGUGACUCAGAGUGUGCGUACCUGGACCAGCGGCGCUUCAGGAGCGGGCUCUGCUCGGCUCAGCGGCCUUACCUCUGCAACAGACCCCAGGAUCGCCUGGGACAGAGGGUGGGAAGGGGACCUUCUCCUCCAUCCUGAAGACUCACAGCUUUGCAUCUUCUCCCAGCACACCUCAGCUCUCCACCUGCCUUGCAGUUAUUUAUCUGCAUCACCUCAGAGUUUGGUGCCACGGAUACCUCAGUGCAACCCCUCAGGGUCACCUCAGUGCCUGGGCUGAAGGGGAUGAGCCUGCAGGGAGGGGACAUGAUGUGGAAGCCGAUGUGUGGCUGCCUGAACUGGAGACUCUGGGUUUCUUUCUCCUUCUAGAACCAUCCCAGAACUCAUCCUGCUUUUCUAACUGUCCACAGUUGUACCCUAACCCUGUAUACAUCUAAGAGUAUGAUGCUGCCCUUCAGGAGUGAAGCAGGAGAUCCCACCUUGGAUACUGGUCAGUGAUCCCCACCAGUGCUGCUGUUCUGUUCUUUCACCUUGUUCAGUUUUGUAAUAAAACCUUGUGAAAUCCA